CAUCUCUCUCUAGAAAAACACACCUCAUGUGACUAUAACGAACAGCAACACAUCACCAAACCUCAAAUCACACAAAAACCGACCAACAAAUUUCUUCGUGUGUUUGUGUUUUUCUUCAAUCCUCAUGUUUCAUCAAUGGCGUCCAACAGAAUUUCAUCGUUUUUGAUAAGUUUAAGGAUGAAGAAAACCAACAUCUUCUUCAUGUUGCUCACCACCGUCUUGUGUUCUUCUUCUUACCUCAUCGGAAACUGGAAACUCCGCGGAAUCACCACCGUUUCCACGGACGUCCGUAGCUCUAUUCCGUGCAACGUUGCGCCAAACGACGCCGUUCCCAUUAGAACACAAACCCCGCUUGAUUUCAACCCACACCAUCUCGCUGAAGACAUCCCAGACUCGACACCGGCAGCGCGUGUGAACCGCUUCCCGCCGUGUUCAACGGAAUUCAGCGAGUACACGCCGUGCGAGGACGUUGACCGGUCGUUGAAGUUUGACCGGGAGAGAUUGGUGUAUAGGGAGAGGCACUGUCCGGAGAAAGGGGAGGUGUUGAAGUGUAGGAUUCCGGCGCCGUUCGGUUAUCGGCAACCGUUUCGGUGGCCGGAGAGCCGGGACGCGGCGUGGUAUGCUAACGUGCCGCAUAAGCAUUUGACGGUGGAGAAAGCGGGUCAGAAUUGGGUGAGGUUUAACGGUGACCGGUUUACCUUUCCCGGCGGCGGAACGAUGUUUCCGAAUGGUGCCGGCGCGUACAUUGACGAUAUCGGAAAGUUGAUCAAUCUCCGGGAUGGGUCUAUCAGAACCGCCAUUGAUACCGGUUGUGGGGUGGCUAGUUUGGGUGCUUACCUUUUAUCGAGAAAUAUUUUAGCAACGUCAUUUGCACCCAAAGACACUCACGUAGCUCAAGUUCAAUUUGCACUUGAACGAGGAGUUCCAGCUUUGAUCGGCAUUAUUGCUUCAAUUCGACUACCUUACCCUUCUCGAGCUUUUGACAUGGCUCAUUGUUCCCGUUGCCUUAUCCCGUGGGGGCAAUAUGAUGGUUUGUAUUUGAUCGAGGUUGAUAGAGUUUUACGCCCUGGGGGAUACUGGAUCCUAUCGGGCCCACCUAUCAACUGGGAGAGGCAUUGGAAAGGUUGGGGCGAAACGAGGGAGCAAUUGAAGGGGCAACAGGAUUUGAUUGAAAGCGUGGCGAGAAGUCUGUGUUGGAAAAAGAUCAUUCAAAAGGACGAUAUUGCCAUUUGGCAAAAGCCUACAAAUCAUGUUCACUGCAAAAUCAAUCGUAAGGUCUUCAAGAAACCGCAGUUUUGCCAGAAUCAAGAUCCAGAUAUGGCAUGGUAUACGAAGAUGGAAGCAUGUUUAACCCCACUACCAGAUGUUUCCAACAUUAAGGAAACAUCUGGUGGUGGGCCGGUGGCAAAGUGGCCUAAGAGAUUGACAUCAACCCCACCAAGAAUCAUUAGUCGUAGCGUAGGAGAAAUUACAGAAGAAGAUUUUACAAACGAUACAGAUAUUUGGAAGACGAGGUUAUCACGUUACAAGAAACUAGAUCAACAACUUGCGGAUAAGGGACGGUACCGUAACUUGCUAGAUAUGAAUUCUUACUUGGGAGGUUUUGCAGCCGCACUCGCUAUCAGCAAAGACCCGGUGUGGGUCAUGAAUGUUGUCCCUGUCGAGGCAAAUGUGAAUACUCUCGGAGUUAUCUAUGAGCGUGGAUUGAUCGGAACUUAUCAAAAUUGGUGUGAGGCAAUGUCUACGUAUCCAAGAACAUAUGAUUUCAUUCACGCAGAUGCAAUUUUUACUUUAUACAAAGACAGGUGUGAAAUGGAAGACAUAUUGUUGGAAAUGGACCGUAUUUUACGACCACAGGGAAGCGUAAUUAUCCGAGACGAUGUUGACUUAUUGGUCAACGUAAAGACAAUUGCAGACGAACUCCAAUGGGAAACAACGUUGGUUGAUCAUGAAGAAGGCCCGCUUGUACGAGAAAAAAUUCUCGUUGCUACGAAGCAAUAUUGGACGGCCCCGGCCCCGACCCAAGACCGAGAAUGAAAAUGAAAAUUUUAACGAUUUUUAAUUUUUUUUAUAUUGUUUAUGUUUAUCGAUCUAAUUGUGUCGAUAAUUACAUUUUAGACCCUCGAAAUUCUCUAAUAAAUGUAUUAAAAAAGAAAACAAGGGAAUCGAUUUUUUUGGGAGGAUU